AUGUCCACCAACAUAGUUAGCCAAACCAACAAUAAGUAUGAUGUUGUUUUUCAUUCUCAAGUCAUUCACACAACCGUCACACAUACUCCUUCCGUAGUCAAAGAUUGGCUCUCAAAUCUCCCCCGCAAUAACCACAACCGCCGCUACCUUGUUGGCCUCGACGUGGAGUGGCUCCCAAACAGACAACCCUCAAUGGACAACCCCGUCGCUGUCCUCCAACUCUGUGUAGACAGAGAAUGCCUUGUUUUCCAAAUCAUCCACGCUCCAUCUAUUCCAGAAUCACUUGUUGCUUUUCUCGAGGACCAAGAAAACACGUUUCUCGGUGUUGGUAUUGGAGAGGACGUUGAGAAGCUUCUUAGAGAUUACUCGUUGCGCGUUGCAAACUUUGUUGAACUUUGCACCCUUGCUGUUGAGAAAUUGGGUGAUCAUAUGAAAUGUGCUGGGCUUAAAACGUUGGCUUUACAUGUUCUUGGGAAGGGUAUGGAGAAACCGAGGAGGAUUACCAUGAGUAAAUGGAAUGAUUUUAACCUUAGUCCUCAGCAGGUUCGGUAUGCUUGUAUUGAUGCUUUUGUUUCGUUUGAGAUUGGUAGGAUUCUUUAUGCUGGUCGCUAG